GGAUUUCUGCUUGGAAAUUGAAUGGCUACUGGGAAAAUGAACAUUAGUAUUGAUUUGAAAACUAACUCUGCUGAGCUGAUUUUAGGUGUGGGAAGAGUCACUCUUGGGGAGAAGAAUAGGAAAAAAAUGAAAGAGUGUCAACUUCAAAAAAAGCAGAAUGAAAACAUCUUACAAGCUAUGAUUGCUUUGCUGAAUUCUGGAGGGGGAGUGAUCAAGGCUGAAAUUGAGAAUGAAAACUAUAGUUCAAAAGAUGGAAUAGGAUUAGAUUUGGAAAGUUCUGUUGGAAAUAUUCUUCCAUCUGUUCAUAAAUACCUAGACUUUAUGCAGCAAGGUGAAUAUUUUCUAAUUUUUGUCAAAUCAUGGAGCUCAAAAACCUCUGGUUUACGGAUUGCCACCUUGAAGUCGAAUUUGUACAAAAGGGAUGUAACAUGUACAAAUAUCAUGGAUGCCACUGCUACAAUGGAGUUCCUCACAGACAAGAACAAAACUAAGGGGAGAUUGUAUAGAUCUAAAUUGUCUCCAAAGCAGAAUGCACAAGUAGAGAGUAACGUGAAGGCCUUGGCUGAUGACUUUUUUAACAGGACACAACUUAGGUACAGAGAAAAACUCCCCUUUACUGAAUCCACACAUGUUGAAAUGAAAGCCUUCUCAACAGACAAGUUGUUACAACGCAUUAAAGAGAUUCUCCCUCAGUAUAUUUCUGCAUUUUCAAAUACUGAUGGGGGAUAUUUGUUUAUUGGUUUAAAUGGGGAUGAAGUAAUUGGCUUUAAAAGAGAAGUGAGUGAUCUUAACAAGUUAGUUUCAGAAAUAGAAAAAUCCAUUAGAAAGUUGCAUCACUUCUGUAAGGAGAAGAAGGAGAUAAACUACGCAUGCAAAUUCCUUGAAGUAUAUGAUGAAGGGCAUCUUUGUGGAUAUGUCUGUGCCCUCAAAAUAGAGCCAUUCUGCUGUGCAGUGUUUACUAAAGAGCCAGAAUCUUGGCAUGUGAAAGACAACAAUGUGCGACAGUUUACCAUGAAGGAAUGGAUUUCCAACAUGUUGCCUGCAAACCCAAUGCCACAGGAAAGAGAUAUUCUGGAAGCCCUCUGCAAGAAACUGUUCUCACAACACAAAGGACUUGCACAGUUAAUUUGUAAAGAAAUGGGCUCUGUUGGUCCAGGGACAUUGAUAUUUUCUAGGACCUGGUCUUUGCAUCUGGGCUUGCAAGAGAACCAGAAUGUAAUCUGUGAUGCUCUUCCAAUUGCCCAGGGCUAUCCACUAGUCCUACAUACCUUCUUCAGGGUAUUAAAUAAAGAGUUAACAGGCUACUCUUUGCAAGCUGCCUUCACUUUAAAGCAUGAACUGGUAAAAAUGGGUGGUUACACUGGGAAAGUGUGUGUCAUGCUAGAGAUCUUCUACUUGAGUAAAGAGCUUUCCAUAUUGACUGAAGACAAUGCAAGUUCUUUUCAUUGA